AUGGAGAGAGAUAAGAAGAAGAUGGUGAGUGUGAUGCACGGUGGUGUGAUCGUAACGAUGGACGAGGAGCAGCGAGUGUUUAAGGACGGGGGCAUCGUUGUCGAAGAGGAUAAAAUCAUAGCUAUUGGACAAUCUGCUCAUGUUCUGGCUCAGUUUUCUGAUGUCGCCGACCACAUUAUUGAUCUGACAGGCCACAUCUUACUCCCUGGAUUGAUUAACACCCACGUUCAUACUUCCCAACAACUGGCGAGAGGCAUAGCGGAUGACGUUGACUUAAUGACCUGGUUGCAUCACCGCAUCUGGCCUUACGAAUCCACCAUGACCCAACACGACUCUUACCUCUCUACUUUGCUUUGUGGGAUUGAACUCAUUCACUCCGGUGUAACAUGUUUUGCUGAAGCUGGGGGCCAACAUGUUUCUGCGAUGGCUAGAGCAGUCCAAUUACUCGGUUUGCGAGCUUGUUUAACUCAGUCUACCAUGGAUUCUGGCCACGGUUUGCCAUCAUCAUGGGCCACUCGAACCACCCACGAUUGCCUUCAAUCUCAAAAGGAUAAUUAUGACAAGUACCAUAACACAGCCCAAGGCCGCAUCAGAAUCUGGUUCGGAAUUAGGCAAAUUAUGAACUCUACUCAUCAAUUGCUUACUGACACGAGAGAUGCUGCAGCACAACUCAAAACAGGAAUACACAUGCACGUGGCAGAGAUACCCUAUGAGAACCAAUUGGUCAUGGAUGUACACAAAAUAGAUCACGGAACUGUUACAUACUUGGAGAAGAUAGAUUUUCUCGGGAACAAUCUGUUAGCAGCUCAUUCGGUUUGGAUCGAUAAUAAUGAGAUAUCUCUUCUUUCAAGGGCAGGGGUUAAAGUGUCUCACUGUCCUGCCGCUGCAAUGCGAAUGCUUGGAUUUGCACCUGUAAGGGAGAUGCUUGAUGCUGGCAUCUGUGUCUCACUGGGAACUGAUGGGGCCCCAUCAAACAACCGCAUGAGCAUCGUUGACGAAAUGUACCUAGCUUCGCUAAUUAACAAAGGAAGGGAAGUUCAUGCUAAUGGAACUACAGAUCCAACUGCAUUGCCUGCCGAAACUAUUCUUAGAAUGGUUACAGUUAAUGGUGCAAAGUCGGUACUAUGGGAUGAUGAAAUAGGAUCUCUUGAGGUUGGGAAAAAGGCUGACAUUGUAGUAGUCAAUCCUUCGUCUUGGUCUAUGGCUCCAGUUCAUGACUGCAUUUCCAGCAUGGUGUAUUGCAUGCGAACUGAAAAUGUGGUUUCGGUCAUGUGCAAUGGCUUAUGGAUAAUGAAGAACAAGAAGAUUAUAAAUGUGGAUGAGGAAGAAGUUAUUUCGAAAGCAAAACAGGCUUCUGUUGAGCUUCUGAACAGGGCAGGCAUAAAAUUACCAACCAGAAUGAACGUCAUUUGAUUUUUGUAUGACUAACUAGCAUUGUCUAAAAUAAGCGGUAAUUUGAUGUAAUACCGAAAAUAAUGUAUAGCCAAUAUCUAAUGAACAUUUCCGGAGACGUUGGAUGCGAGUGAGCAUAUCCAUGUGGUCGCCUUGCCAACGGAUCCUCAAUUGUUAAAAUGACUUCACACGGUUAAGUCGUACAAUCUCACCGUUUAUUCUUAUAAAUUUCAUUUUUAGAGUAAAGAUUGUUGCAAAAUACAUUGAACGGAUAGGACUUGAUACACUGAAUCAGUGAUUGUAGAGAAUCCAUUCCCGGUGGCCUUGCAAAAUAAUUGUAAGGAUUUUUCUACCAUUCAAUUAUU